CGGCCACAUCCAAACUCGCCUUACGCCGUAGGUCAAAACUCAGCCGUUUAAGGUUUUUGAUUAGGGUUUAAAUUAGGGUUUUAGAUUUAGGAGCCAGGCAGUGCGAACGCCGAAAGCUCUAACCUUUUCAGCAAUGGCGACCUACCCACUGCACGAAGAAAAGAAGCUAAACGAUGCAGGGACGGACGAUUACACUGAAUCUGAAGAAGAAGAUGAAAACCAAAUUUUGGAAGAUCAAAAUUGGGAUGACUGGGAAGUCGACGAGGACUUAGCCGAGGAACAAAGCUCUGCUGGGGAGCUUCUCUGUCUGUUCUGCGACGCUAAGUACAGUGGAUGCGGUUUGCUCUUUGAGCACUGUACUUCGGCUCACCACUUCGAUUUCUAUGGAAUUAAGAAAGCUCAUGCCUUGGAUUUCUACAAAUGCUUUAAGCUCAUCAAUUAUAUUAGGUCUCAGGUUUCAGCCGACAAAUGCUGGUGUUGUGCGAAGAGUUUCAAUUCAACAGAAGAAUUGCAGAAACAUUUGAAUGAGUGUUCCUUGGCGGGAAACACUAUUCCAUGGGAGGAUGAGAGAUUUCUCACCCCAUUUUUGCAGGAUGAUCCGCUGUUAUAUAGCUUUGAUGAAUGCGAAGAGUGUGAGGAUGAGAACUGUAUGCCCUUGGACUCAGAGGAGCUUGCUAUGCACAUCUCCAAUGUUGAGCAUCUUAAAUUUGAUGAUGAGGAUUCUCCUGAUAGAUAUGUUUCUGAGAUCGUGAGUCCAUCUGAGAAUGGAGCUCGGGAGGCUGAUUUUAUUUCUGAAAAUGGUACAAAAACUGUAACAGAUUUGGGAAGAUUAACGGCAAAUAGAAUUAGCAGUAGUUCUGAUGGAACAUCAUCAUCUGCGAAUAUGGAUAACAAGAAGCAUUCUGCAUCUGCUUCAAAAAGUGCUGAAAAUGAGAUUGAGAACAUAAAUAAGAAUUAUUUUGGUUCGUAUGGUUCAUUUGGCAUUCACAGAGAUAUGAUCAGCGAUAAGGUAAGAACUGAAGCUUAUCGACUAGCCAUAUUGGAAAAUCCUUCACUGAUACAAGAAUCUGUUGUUAUGGAUGUGGGUUGCGGAACAGGCAUUUUAAGUUUAUUUGCAGCUCAAGCAGGAGCUGCAAGGGUUAUCGCCAUUGAAGCAAGUGAAAAGAUGGCUAGAGUAGCUACUCAGAUUGCAGAAAACAAUGGUUAUCAGCAGAAUGGUAGCAUUCAAGGGAAAGCCGUCAUUGAAGUGGUCCAUGGCAUGGUAGAAAAGCUUGAAAAUCUUAGUCAUAUAAAGCCUCACAGUAUUGAUGUAAUGGUUAGUGAAUGGAUGGGCUAUUGCCUUCUCUACGAGUCAAUGCUCAGUUCUGUACUCUUCGCAAGAGAUCAAUGGUUGAAGCCUGGAGGUGCGAUUCUCCCAGACACAGCUACACUGUUUGUAGCUGGAUUUGGUCGAGGAGGUACCAGUAUUCCGUUCUGGGAGAAUGUGUAUGGUUUUGACAUGUCUUGUAUUGGUCGGGAGAUUGUCGACGAUGCAGCCCGAACUCCUAUUGUUGAUGUCAUUGACAGUUGUCAUAUCAUCACCACUACCGAAUCUCUUCAGUCGUUCGACUUGGCAACAAUGCAGCCAAAACACAUGGACUUUACAGCUACGGUCGAACUAGAGCCAAAGUCAGAUGGUUCUAACUCAGAAACUACUUGGUGCUACGGAGUUGUUUUAUGGUUCGACACUGGAUUUACCGAGAGGUUUUGCCAGGAGAAGCCUGUCAUUCUAUCGACCUCACCCUAUGGUCCAAGCACACACUGGUCCCAGACCAUCCUCACUUUGCGAGAGCCAAUUGCAACUGCCUUAAAUGGCAGUAAUGCGAAAGCAUGCACAGUGGGUACCAAAGACAGCCCUGCCGUGAAAAUUCAAUGCCGUAUCAGCAUUGUCCGUGCUGCUCAACAUCGCAGCAUCGACAUAUCAUUGGAGGUUACAGGAAUCGGGUCUGAUAAUCAAAGACACACCUGGCCUGCCCAGAUGUUCAAUCUCAAGUAACAGUUCUAUCUAUCCAUCCUCUUCUUCUUCUUCUCAAUCAGGUCAUUGUUAAGUUUUUACAAUAUUUAUAUAUAGACUAGGGAAAGGGAGAGAAUUUGUUUGUUUUUGUAGAAGAAUUAAAUUUUGGGAAGGAAUGAUUAGUUGCUGAUGAUUUUAUUCACAAAAUAUGAUUGAAUUGGUGUAUAAUCUUUUAAGCAUCUUAUUAUUAUUAUUAUUAUUAUUAUUA